GCCCUGUCAUGCGAGUGCAGGCCGUUCAUCCGUCUUGCCCAACAAGUCCCCUUCGUAACGGACCUGCUUUUUCCAGCCAUCUGGACGGAGGCACAUCAUUUCCUGCGCACCAUCCACCACAGAGAUCAAGCGGCCGGCCUUGACGGUGUGGGUCCAGUCACUGCUGGCCGUUAUGGGCUUUCCUUGGCGUUCGACGCUUCUUAUUACGAGUUUAUGUAUGCGUAGGCGAGGUUGUAUAGCUCCGAGGGGUCACCCACCUUGGGCAGCAGUCCCAUGCAUUAAAAUAUUCUACCCCCCUCAACCUCCCCAGACGCGUCCCUUCAUGCCAGUCUUGCUACUAUACCACACCGCCAUACCUCGCAACAUUCCAUCUCGUCCAGGAGACUGAGACAUUGACUACCGAACCCAAGCUCGGCCGGCGCACCAUUACAGUAGUUUCCUCGUCUGGGCACAUUUUCUCCCUCGAGACAAUGUCUCUUGCAUCCCGACCCCUAGCGACGGGGGAGGCAAGCUAUCCGAUCGACAUGACAAAUACCGAGGCGCUCGACGACAGCACCGAGUUCCCUCUCACGUCCAGAUCAGGAGCGUUCGACGAGCCCAUUUUCGACAAGUUCUACGAGGCGGAUAAUCAGCACACCAUGCAGCACACCAUGGCACCUAGUCCCAAGCGACUUCGUUCGAGCGACGACGCCCCGGAGCUGCCACCGAGGAGUGCGCUCAGAGCAUCGAAAAUGCUUGACAAUCACGGCCUUGAAUUGGGGGUUGCCGUGGAAGCACCCGAGCUGAGCCAAACCCCCACGCCGCAUGAUGUGUAUCUCUCGUCCGAGGAGGACGCCUCGUCAGAUGCCGGAGACGUCUCCGACUUUGACUACGAUUCGAGUGUCGAAGACCCGACUUCGCCCACGCGGAGGAGCAGCCACGAGGAUAUGGCCCGCGUGGUGUCGGUGGUAUUUGCCGGGAAGCCGUCGAUUGUGGAUCUGGCAGCCACAAGGAAGCGACCUGUGUCGAGUAGCUCCCAAGGCACGGCUAGGUCACGAGCAAGCAGUGCUUCGUCCGGGAAGCCAACUGCAAGCACGUUGGAUUCAAUACAAGAGCGGCCGGUUACACCGGCUAGCACCACCUCAUCGCAGUAUUCGCAACCCCGACCCACACCGAGCCGGAGAAGCUCUCUUCUUUCCGAGAUCCUAAUCAAGAAGAAGCCGCCGUUCCUCAGCAUUGACCCAUACGCGAAUGGUAGCAGCUACGCGCUCGACAUGCCCAAGGCGCUCGACAGCCUCGAGGGUGAGAACAGCUCCGCCAGAACACCGCGGACACCAACGGCGUUGCUCAAGGGCGUGACGAGGUCGUUCAGCCUGGUCCGGAGACGCAGCAGACCCAACCUAAGUUCGCCUCUGACUCCUGUGCCAAGGCUGGACACGGCAUUUACGUCGAAUCCGAACAGGGCUUCGGUACAGUUACCAGCCCUGGCCCUGCUCCCCGAGGAGCAACAGCAGCAAUUCAAGGCGGAGGGUGAACAGCAGCAGCAGCAUGACCAAGCACGGAAACUAGAACAACAGCCAAGGACACCCAUGACACCAAUCACGUAUACCGACAUCCUUAAGGCAGUCAAGAGAAACGCUACCAUGAUGGGCGCUGCAUCGCCACCUAGCGAUAUCUUGUCGCCUACAUCACCCAAUGGUCCGGCUGCGACCACGACAAGGAGGGGGAUCCUCAGCGGAUUAUCCGCCAGGAGGAGGAGCGUCAAGUUGACUGGAAAGACUUAAUGGGAGGCAAGAUAUGGACUUUGCAUUCAACGGCGUUCAAUUGAGGGUAACAGGGGCGGCUGGAUAAGGGAAUCCAGCGGCGUUCAUCUUUUGGAGAAUUGCUAGUAUGUGAGCAGAGGAAGGCGGCAAGGGAUAAUUUCGGCGGGCCCAUUGCAUAGGACUUCGGAUGAUGAUACCACGGAGAAUGAUGAUCUCAGCUCUUUCUUUGCUCCUUCUGGGCAUACUACUAAUACUUGGAAGCAAUUGAGCGAGCAAACAAUGCCGACGUUUCUGCAUCCAACGUUUUGCUGCGUGCAGCAAGCACUCAUCCGGGACUCAGUUCGAAGUCCAGCUUGUUUCGCCUCCCGUUUCUCAUUAUGCAC